AUGGAUUUAAGCAUCAACCCAGGCGCUGCCCUAUGGCAGCAGGCGCAGAAUGCUGAAGGUCGCGUUUAUUAUUACAAUGUCCAGACCAAAGCCACACAAUGGACCAAGCCUCAAGAGUUGAUGACUCCGGUUGAGCUAGCUCUCGCAAACCAGCCAUGGAGGGAACACACUACAGAUGCUGGACGCAAGUACUGGUACCACACAGAAACCAAGCAAAGCACAUGGGAAAUGCCUGAAGUUUACAAAGAUGCGCUUGCACAGGCGCCCGCCCCCCUGGCACCCCCCCGCGUAGGCGGGACCUCUUUCCCGCAACCCCAGCAACGUGACCGUGAAGACUUUGACCGAGGUGACCGAGGUGACCGCGGUGAUCGCGGUGAUCGUGGAUACGGCGACCGACGCGGUGGAUAUGCGCCAUAUGAAGCGACGAACGGCUUGGUUGCUGCUCCAGAAUUCAAGACCAUGGAUCCCGACUAUCAUUCUCUUGAAGAGGCCGAGAACGCCUUCAUGAAGCUGCUCAAACGCCACAACGUGCAGCCUGAUUGGACUUGGGAAGAAACAAUGCGCGCUACGAUCAAGGACCCGCAAUACCGGGCUCUCAAGGAUCCGCGAGACCGCAAGGCAGCAUUCGAGAAAUACGUGGUCGAGGUUCGCGCGCAGGAAAAGGACCGGGCGAAAGAACGAUUCGCCAAGCUUCGUGCGGAUUUCAACACCAUGCUGAAGCGGCAUCCUGAAAUUAAGUACUACAGCCGCUGGAAGACGAUCCGUCCGAUCAUUGAGGGGGAGACCACAUUCAGGUCUACCAAUGAGGAAUCUGAGAGACGCCAGCUUUUCGAAGAGUACAUCCUUGAACUCAAAAAGGCUCACGUCGAGCAAGAAUCUGUCACACACAAGGCUGCUAUGGAUGAGCUGAUGAACAUCCUGGGCUCACUCAACCUGGAGCCAUACACGCGUUGGUCCGAGGCUCAUGCUAUCAUUCAGUCUGACAGCAAGUUCCAAGGUGAUGACAAGUUCAAGACCCUGAGCAAGUCUGACAUUCUGAUUGCCUUCGAGAACCAUAUCAAGUCCCUGGAGCGGGCUUUCAACGAUGCUCGCCAGCAACACAAGGCAGCCAGAGCCAGAAAAGAGCGUAAGAACCGAGAGCAAUUCGUGGCCCUCCUUAAGGAGCUCCGAUCCCAAGGUAAGAUCAAGGCGGGCGCCAAGUGGAUGAAUAUCUGCCCGAUAAUUAAGGAUGACCCCAGAUACCAUGGCAUCUUGGGCCAGUCUGGUUCGACCCCUCUUGAUCUGUUCUGGGAUAUGGUGGAAGAAGAAGAGCGCGCUUUGCGUGGACCUCGGAACGACGUGCUGGAUGUUCUGGAUGACAAACGAUACGAAGUUACGCCUGAAACGACAUUUGAUGAAUUCAAUUCUAUCAUGUCUGCCGACCGCCGCACCUCCAAGAUCGACCCUGACAUCCUCAACCUUAUCUUCCAACGCAUCCAAGAAAAGGCGAUCCGGCGCACUGAAGAUGAGAAGCAUGCCGCCGAUCGUCAGCAACGCCGUGCCGUGGACGCACUGCGUUCUCGUAUCAAGCGUCUAGAACCGCCUGUCCGGGUCACCGAUACCUGGGCUGAAGUCCAACCUCGCCUUGAGAAGUACGACGAAUACAAGGCCCUUGAGUCCGACGAACUUCGGGAGUCUGCCUUUGAAAAAGCAAUUCGCCGCUUGAAAGAAAGAGAUGAGGAUGCAGAGAGGGAGCGCGAAGCACUCUCUCAAAGCCGUGGAGGUCGGCGGGAUUACGAUCGUGGUGAUCGUGACUACCGCAGCGGAAGAGGAGAACGACGAGGACACCGGACCCCUGAAAUGGAUGCAUACGAAGCAGACCGUCGUAAGGCCCAGGCCGACCGCGAACGAACCUACCGCAAGCGUGGAGACCGUGACCGUUAUCGUAGCCGGGACCGUGACUUUGACCGUCCCCGUGUUAGAGACCCAGACCGACGUGAAGACGAACGCGAGCGCUUGUACCGCACUCGCGGCGAUCCCCGUGGAGGUCGUGAUGAGCUUGAUUAUGGUGGUGGUACUGUCGGCGACACUCGCAGUGUGGCCAGUGGUGACCGCCGACGCCGACGUGACAGUGAUACUGAGAGUGUGGCUAGCCGGUCUGCUAAGCGGUACCGACGUGAUAGCCGGGAGCGAGAGCGCAGCAAGGGUCCGAGAGCCCCCCGACGGGAGCGGUCUGCCAUUCCGGAAGAAGAAAAUGAGGACGCGAAGAAGGACGAGAAGGCCAUUCACUCUGGCAGCGAGGAAGGAGAGAUUGAAGAGGAGUAG